CAGGGAUGGCCGUUUCCGACAAAUCUCUGUUGUGUACUAUCUUUUAAUUUCGGCGGUGCAAAUUGGCCUAUUAUUAACAGAACAUUUAUAAAUUUGGCUUAUCAUUCAAGCAAUGGCAGAUCAUGAUGAGCCGGCAGAUUUUGCUAACGACGAUAUUGGAGACGAUGGAGAUAAUGACUUUGAGCCUGUUUUCGAUACAAUAGAUCCUGACCAAGCUCAAGCUGCCGAAAAACAGGUGGAGCCCAACAAGCGUAUCACAACAGCGUACAUGACAAAGUACGAACGAGCCCGGAUCCUGGGAACCAGAGCACUGCAGAUAUCCAUGAACGCGCCCAUCAUGGUGGAGCUCAAGGGACAGACUGAUCCGCUGGAGAUUGCCAGACAGGAAUUGAAAGAGAGAAAAAUUCCACUGAUCGUCCGGCGGUAUUUACCUGAUAACAGUUUCGAGGACUGGAGUAUUGACGAGCUCAUUAUUGACUACUAAGACAAAAUCAAAUGUAUUGUUUCUCACUGAGUUCUACGGAGAAGACUUUUCUGAUUUCUUGCUCUUU